AUGAUGAUGAUGGGGAUUUAUUGGCAGAUUUGCGCCGUCGCUUCGCGAAUUGCGCUCGACGGCGUGCAGAUUUGCGACAACGAGAAGCUCAAAUGCAAUUCGACGACACUUCGAAAAUUGUGCGAGAUGUGCGCCAACGACAUGCGUCACACCAUCAACACCCUUCAAUGGGUGGCGGUGGCGUCGAUGAAGACGAAUCGAGCGAUUGAAAUGAAAUUGAUCAAAGAGGUUGGACGCCAAUUCUAA